CCAAGUGUGGGAAAAAUCUCUUAUUAGACAGAAGAUACCGUACGUGUAUAUAAAGGAGCCCGUCGGUCACGUUCCCAUUCGCCUCUGAAAGACAGAAGAGGAUCCAUUUAAGAUGAAGGCCUUGUGUCUGCUUUUCGUCGCCGUUCUGGCCGUUGGUUGCCAUGGGUGUUCUGAUGGCUGGCUGGAUAUCAAUGGUGUCUGCUUUUACUUCCAUCAAGACCAGAGUAUGCCCUGGGAGGAUGCGAAGAGGUUUUGUGAAACAAGCGGAGCAGUUCUGGCCAAGGUAGCAAAUGCACAGACUCUCAGGGAAUUUUAUGAGUACAUCCUAACAUAUGGCCUAUCAGGAUCAUACUGGCUGGGGGCCUCCGAUCAGUCUUAUGAAGGUGACUGGCUGUGGGUAGCUGAUAACUCUAGGGUUAACAAGGGGACACCCUACUGGGCUAUCCACAAUGGAAUCUUUGGCUGGGCUCAUGAACCUGCAGGUGGCGCUGACGAAAACUGCCUUCUGCUUGAUGAAACUCGCAAAUAUUACUUUAAUGAUGCCAAUUGUAACCUGAUUCAUCAUCCCAUUUGUAUGGUUUAAAUGUAACCAUAAAUAAAGCUUGGCAAUAAAAUACCCUAAA